AUGGCUGUAACUCUGGUUAGUCUAGUGAUGGUGAACCUUUUAGAGAGCUCUGCAGUUCCCAGAGCGGCCGCACCAGCCGUGGGGGCCCACGAGGGGCAGCCUCCAAAGGGCCGCCUGGAGACUCUGCCCCGCCCGGACCACGGCCGUGCCCACUCCCUGUGCGCCCGCAGAGGUUGGUCCAGGAAGGCUCUGGUGCGCCCGAGUCCUGUGGCAGGCAGGGGACACUCCGGGCCUUUGCACGUCCUCCCAGAGAAGCUGUCCUUAACUGCACGUGCAGGUGAAGAAGCAGGUCUUCGGGUUCUGCACAGGCCCGUGGCUCAGGUGCUUCCUGACCGGCAGAGUGUGACGCUGACUCCGUCGUGUGUCCACAACCUCCCCCAGGGCGCCUCUCCACCCUCCCUGCUGCACCAGCUGCAGAUGGGCUGUGACGGGGUCUCGGGCGGCAGCCUCAACAUGGAGUGCCGGGUGUGCGGGGACAAGGCAUCAGGCUUCCACUACGGCGUCCAUGCGUGCCAGGGGUGCAAGGGCUUCUUCCGCCGCACCAUCCGUAUGAAGCUGGAGUAUGAGAAGUGCGAUCGGAGCUGCAAGAUCCAGAAGAAGAACAGCAACAAGUGCCAGUACUGCCCCUUCCAGAAAUGCCUGGACCGGGGCAUGUCGCACAAUGCCAUCUGCUUUGGCCAGAUGCUGGAGGCUGAGAAGAGGAAGCUGGUGGUGGGGCUGACAGCCAGAGAGGAGCAGCAGCACAGCCCGCAGCUGGCUGACCUGAGGGCCUUCUCCAAGCACAUCUACAACGCCUACCUGAAGAACUUCAACAUGACCAAGAAGAAGGCCUGCAGCAUCCUCACCCGCAAGUCCAGCCACACAGCGCCCUUCGUGAUCCACGACAUCGAGACACUGUGGCAGGCGGAAGGCCUGGUGUGGAAGCAGCUGGUGAACGGCCUGCCGCCCUACAAAGAGAUCAGCGUGCACAUCUUCUCCCGCUGCCAGUGCACCACGGUGGAGACCGUGCGCGAGCUCACUGAGUUUGCCAAGAGCAUCCCCAACUUCAGCAGCCUCUUCCUCAACAACCAGGUGACCCUGCUCGAAUAUGGUGUGCACGAGGCCAUCUUUGCCAUACUGGCCUCUAUCGUCAACAAAGACGGGCUGCUGUUGGCCAAUGGCAGUGGCUUUGUCACCCAUGAGUUCCUGCGCAGCCUCCGCAAGCCCUUCAGUGACAUCCUCGAGCCCAAGUUUGAGUUUGCUGUCAAGUUCAAUGCCCUGGAACUGGAUGACAGUGACCUGGCUCUGUUCAUCGCGGCGAUCAUUCUGUGUGGAGGGGAGCGAGACCAGGGCAGGUGAACCUCAGAUGUCCUGAGCUCAGACAGUGGGGGAUGCGCCUGUGACCCCAGCACUGCUGCGCAUGCAGGAUCGGCUCCAUCUCAUUACACAGAUGGAGGUGGAAGAAAGUAACCAUCGUGUUCAUGGGGUUCCUUGGGUGGUGGACAAACCUGUAUUUCACCUGCAUUUCUCAGAUCCCAACUGAAUAACAAGCCUGCUCAGUAGCGGUGGCAUAGAGCUUACCUCAGGCCACACACUGUUCUAGUUCUCUUUCAUAAUUAUAACUCAUUCAGUCCUCCCAGCAGCCCCAGGCUGGAGGUUCUUUUAUUUUAUCCCCACUUUACAGAUGAGGAGACUGAAGCCCAGAGAGCCCAGGUGACCUUCCCAGGGCCUUCCGGGUAGCCUAUGGGAGAGGCAGGAUUUAAGUCCAGGCAGAGUCUCUUAACCACAGUGCCUUCUCCCCUCCCUGAUCAGGAAAAGUGCUAUUGGCAGGACACAAAAGAGGGCCUGAGGCCAGAACUCAGUGGUAGUCACUGACAGGACGGGGCUGGGUGGGGCCGAGGAGUGGCCCUGCCCUUCUGAGACCUGCGUGUCCGUGUCCCCAUAGACCGGCCAGGCCUCGUGAACGUGCCUCAGGUGGAGGCCAUCCAGGACACCAUCCUGCGCUCCCUGGAGUUCCACCUGCAGGUCAACCACCCCGACUCCCAGUACCUCUUCCCCAAGCUGCUGCAGAAGAUGGCUGACCUGCGGCAGCUGGUCACCGAGCACGCCCAGAUGAUGCAGUGGAUCAAGAAGACGGAGACCGAGACCCUGCUGCACCCACUGGUGCAGGAGAUCAGCGGGCCUCUUCUCCCACCUCUUGCUGCAACAGAAAGUUUUUUAAAGACAAAGAAAUUCAAAGCCAGCACAAACACACCAAGAAAUGACUGUGCUUCUUGAUCUCUUUUGAGUUUCAUAUUCUUAAUGAAGAAGAUUAUCCAGUUAUUGAUGUGUUUUUCCACCAUCAGUCUGUCAGCAGUUAAUGGUAAAGUCUGCCUGGCAGCUUCUUUCCAAUGUGAUCACAAAACUAUUAUGCUAGGAAGAGUGUCCUGGUGUUCACAUUUAAAUGAGAUUCUUAAAGCAGGUGUUUGGAUAGUCAGUCAUAUGGGAAAAAUAUUUUAUCUUUAUUUUUACUAAUCUCUGCUUGAAAAUAUGGCACUUCCUUCCAUUUCGAAUAAAAGGGAAAAACACAGUGAUGUUACUACUACCCUUGAUUUUUCCCACCAUUAGAAAUCGGUAAUUUCAUAUCACAGUAUAGUUAUUGGAGAUAUUGUAUAAUUUCAUUUAUGAUCCCAAGUGCUUGGAAUUAAAAUAGUUAUAUUGCACCUGCAAGC